AUGGCUCAGCCUUCUCGUGUCCUUACGUUUCGUGGCCACCGCAAGUCGGUCAACGCGCUGCUCUGUGAGGAGGCAGUGCACCCGAAUAUACUGGUAUCAGGCAGUGACGACGGCACAUGCCGUCUAUGGGACGUCCGAACCGCGCGAGUAACGAAGUGUCUGAACGUGAAGAAGGCACUGGCCGCUGACGAAGAGGACGAGAGUGCUGUUAACUCGCUUGCCUUUGGGAAGGCGACAACAGGAGCAGAGAGUGCUUACCUCUACGUGGCAGCAAGCAGAAAGGUGCUCACUUUUGACGUGCGGCAGUCGACACUAAUUGUAGAUUGUGUGGCCCGAGAGGUCUUUCAAGAAAGUGAGGACGAGAUCAAUGUGCUAUCGCGCCACCCCGGCAAGCACAGCAGGUAUCUAUCGGUUCCGGACGAUACCGGCAGCAUUCAUGUGUACGAUCUCGAACUCCACCGCUUGUUCAAGACGCUGCGCGGUCAGCACACCAACAUCUGCAGCGCUGCACUUUUCCGUCCAAACGCAGCGUGGGAUCUAGUUUCAGGUGGUAUGGACGGUUUCUUGCUCUUUUGGGACUUUUUUCGUGGUCGAGUAAAGUUUCGUAUCGACUUCAACAGUGAUGCGAAUGGAGUGGGCACCUGUGCCACCACUGUAAAUAAGUAUGACGGACACGGUACCCAGCAGAUGUUUAACCCGCCAUUGGUGCACUCGCUCGCCUGCGCGCCUAAUGGAAAGUCCUUGGCGGUUGGUUUGGGAGAUGCUAGUGUUGCGGUUGUCGAUAUCGGGUUGAAGCAGAUCGUGCGUCGGUUAAAACACCACAAAGCCAUGGUUUCUCAGGUUCACUUUCCCGCCUUUUGUUCUCAAGAUCGACUGCUCUCUGCCGGCAACGAUGCGAAGGUUUGCAUGUGGGAUUAUCGCGCAGCAAUUUCGCUGGAUACGCUCGUCGAUGACGAUAACUGCGAAGCGUCAAAUGCGUUGGUGAUAAAGGAGAUCGCGCUGGGUCGCAGCCCAAACGCCGUCGUCACCACGACUCAACAGAGCUUCAUUGUAGUGGCAGACGUGUCCAAGGAGAUAUCAGCGUUUUCGGUGGCUUAG